ACACAAGAAACAGGACACACGUUUAAAUUUCGCUCCGAUCAAAGUAGCAUUGGGUAUUCGUAGUGUUCGAAGCGUCAUAUUAGUCCCCUUUGUACGUCACAGUCAUGGCCGGUACGAUGGAUGAAUUGUUGAAACAAUUGAACUACGAUUACAAUGUUCUUCUGUUCGAAGUGCGUGCGCACAUGAAAAACCUCAAUCUGGAAAAUCGGCGCAUUGUUGAAGCGUGGAUCGAAAAACUCUCGACCACUAAUCAAUCGUUGGAGGAAAUUCGCCUACGGAAUGAUUUUCUCUUCUUCCUGUCAAGGAACUGUGAGGAUGGCACGCUUCAGACUCCAUUCGAUCAGAGGCCCUCCGCUGGAUAUGAGUUGAAUUUGUCCAAUCUACCGCCAGAGUUUGCCGCCGCGUCCGCCAGUGGAAAGCCGAUCUAUGAGGGCUUCUCGAGACCUUCCGCGUCUACAGCUUCGCCGUCACGAAAAGCGGAACUGUUCAAACGGUCUCCAGACGGAGGACUGUUUUUGGCGUCGCAACCGGUGCCUCGAUGUGGCAAUUUUUGCUAUCUGGCUAUUUCUAGUAAGCAGCCAAAAUAGGAAAAACAGGACUAGUGUCCCCGUUCAAAAUUGUUAAGUCAACCUGUGAAAUUUAUAAUUUAAUAAACUGUAUAUAAAUCACCUUCCCAACUAUCACAUGUUCAAAGCUAUAUUCUAUUUAC